CGAAGUGGAUUCGGCCGGAAGUGACGUACAGGACGCGAGCGGCGCGCGUCUGCGCAGUGAGGGGAGGUGAGAAACCCGGCGGCGUGCGCCUGCGCAGUGCGGACCUGAGGGCGUUCGUGUGUGCACGGACUUUAAAAAAUACAACUUAAAAAUGGCUUCAAAGAGAGCUCUGGUCAUCCUGGCUAAAGGAGCAGAGGAGAUGGAGACGGUCAUUCCUGUAGAUGUCAUGAGACGAGCUGGAAUCAAGGUCACCAUCGCUGGUUUGGCUGGAAAAGACCCCGUACAGUGUAGCCGAGAUGUCGUCAUUUGUCCUGACACCAGUCUGGAAGAUGCAAAAAAAGAGGGACCUUAUGACGUCGUAAUUCUGCCAGGAGGUAAUCUGGGCGCCCAGAAUUUAUCGGAGUCUGCUGCCGUGAAGGAGAUACUGAAGGAGCAGGAGAAGAGGAAGGGCCUCAUAGCCGCCAUCUGUGCAGGUCCUACGGCUCUGUUGGCUCAUGAAAUAGGUUUUGGAAGCAAAGUUACAACACACCCACUUGCUAAAGAUAAAAUGAUGAAUGGAAGUCAUUACAGCUACUCGGAGAGUCGCGUGGAGCGGGAUGGCCUGAUCCUCACGAGCCGGGGGCCUGGUACCAGCUUCGAGUUCGCUCUUGCCAUAGUCGAGGCGCUGAGCGGCCCCGCACCUGUCCUCGUCCGGCAUCACGUCGUGUCCAUUAAGACCCUGUGUAGUAGACCCAUCAUCUAG